GAAAAGGAAAUCAAAGCGGAGUUCAAGAAGAACGGUUUCACUUUGGACGACGAAGAAGAAAUCUUGAAGAAAUGUCUUACUUUCUGUAUAGAGUACAAGCUCAGUCCCUCCGAUCUUGUUUCGAGUUGGGACGUUUUCUCCAUGAACAGCCUAUGUUGAAUUGGAGAGCUAAAUAUAAUGAAGAUAGUAAGGCAGAGGUGUUGGUUUUGUGGCAGGCAGCUAGAAUCGACUGUGCAAAAUGCUUAUAUGGACGCGUUUUUGCUGCAUUUACAAAACGAGCAGAAGGAAGCAAUUAUCAAAAAAGAGCCUGGCUUGCAUUUGUACUCUAAUGAUAUUGACAUGAUAUUGAGUGAUGAAGCCGACGAUACAAAAGAAGGUAUUCUUGGCACUCCAGCAGAUAAAUCUGACACACCAAAUCCAGCAUCAUUUGAUUUGGCAAACAAAACAAAUGGGGAUAUUUUUUCUUCUGAAAAGCCUUUAGAAUCCGUGACUCCCUUUGCACAAAGAAAGAGCAAGUUUGUGGUGCAAUCUACUCUCAAUGAUCUGCCUAAUGUAGAAAACAUAAAGGACCAUGAUCUUGAAAAUUCAGAGGAUGACAUCAUAAAGAGGGUACAAACCAGGGCAAAGUGUUCCUUAGUUAUCCAUGGCUCCCAGCCUGAACCAGGAUGCAGGUUCAUGUAUGACAAGAUAGAAGAAAAGUGCAAUUUCCUUGAAAGUCGCAUCAAAAAGCAUGCAAAAGCACUUUUUACUUCAGGGCUGUGUGAGGAGCUAAUGGACCCUACCAUUGCUUCACAGAAAAGUGUUUUUGCAGUUGGCAUGAUCUGCUGUGAAGAAGAAGGACGUCUGAAGGAGAAGCCUAUCAUGCUGCAAAGCAGUAUCGAGCAUUCUGGAGGACAAAGAGUGCGUCUCGACUUACAAAAGAUGAACCAAUUUUCCAUUUUCCCUGGCCAGGUGGUUGGUAUUGAAGGGCACAAUCCUAGCGGACACUGUCUGAUAGCAUCAAAAGUUGUUGAUUACAUUCCUUUACCAGUUAGUGCUGAUGCAGAUCUUCAUCCUACAAAGAAACAAGCUCUUGAUCAGAAGUUUCAGUCAAGUGAUCCAUCUAAUAUGCCAGCAGAGCUAUCUCUGAUUGUUGCAGCAGGUCCUUUUACAACAACCGACAACUUAUUCUUUGAACCUUUUACUGAGCUGCUAGCAUAUGCACGCAGAAAGCAGCCUCAGUUGCUGUUAAUUCUGGGACCAUUUAUUGAUUCUGAGCAUCCAGAGAUUAAGAAAGGAACUGUAAACAGGACUUUUGAUGACAUUUUUCGUCUUGAAAUCCUUGGAAGGCUUCAAGAUUAUGUAGAGUAUAUGGGUUCUGAGAGCCGUGUCAUUCUUGUGCCAUCCAUACGUGAUGCGCACCAUGACUUUGUUUUCCCUCAGCCUGCUUUUGAUAUUUACCCACCUCCUCUCGAGGAUCAGAUAAGCAGUCUUGCAAAUCCUGGGAUUUUCAGUGCAAAUAAGGUUAAAGUAGGUUGCUGCACCGUGGAUAUUCUCAGACAUCUUAGUGGAGAGGAGAUCUCCAAAAAUCCACCUGGAGGAUCCAAGCAACGCUUGAGUAGACUAGCAAAUCACAUACUUAACCAGCGCAGCUUUUAUCCUCUAUAUCCACCAAUGGAAGGUACUCCCUUGGAUUUCUCACUCGCUCCAGAGGCUCUUCAGAUCUCUUCUAUUCCAGAUAUCCUCAUCCUACCCUCAGACUUGGCUCAUUUUGUGAAGGUCUUAUCAAUUGGCGAAGGAGAAGAGCAAAUGAAAUACAUUUGUGUUAAUCCGGGAAGACUGGCGAGGGGGGAAGGAGCGGGUUUCUUUGUGGAGCUUAACUACCGAGGAAGUCCUGAUUUGUCAAGCGCUUCGGUAACAAGCAUAUAGACUUCUGCUUUUGCGGUCACUUGUUAAUGAACGUAAACUUGGACCAAAGGCACUCGAAGAGAAUCAGUUCCGCAAGCUAGCCACCCGGCUUGGCAGACACCAAACCCUAAUCCAACAGCUGAGCACUGGCGAUGGCUUUCCAUUUUUCACAUUCGAGUGUAACAAUUAUGGUGAUGGCAUCUAAUUGAUCUUGGCCCAAUGUUCUGGAACAUGAAAAUGCAAGGCAAUUAAUUUGAUGCCAAUGUUUAUUUCUUUGAUCUGUCACUAACACCAUGUAUUAAUCAAUGCAAUUAAGCUCGGUUCCUACGUUCUACGGAAUUAAUGUCAAUG